GCACAAUGGACGACCGACCGUUCUCAUUACAGCCGCGCACGGCGCCGCAACAAGGGCCGCGAUCCAUUUCCGAGUUCAUCCAACGGGCCAAUGCCCAACCGGGCGGGUUUCGGGCCCUCAAUUGGGCCGAUGUUCGUCGAGAACUCGAGGCUAGCCAGAAUGGCGGCGGCGACCACGAUGUCGACAUGACCGGUGACGGCUCCGAGGCCGACAGUGAGACCGCCGAGACAAAGGAUAUCGCUGCCGCCCGCGAAGAGAUACUCCGCGCAAUACACCAGACCCAUCAGAUAUCCAUGUUCGCCCUGGAUUUCGUGUCGCUCCUCCUGUCGAAAGAGAAUCCCGCCCUGGCUGUCAGCACCCUAAGUCCCGGGCUUCGAGACAUGGUUGGAAUUGGCACGCUUGGCGCGACCAUGCUCAAUGCUCCUACCCCAGUAGCGCAGAGCCGGGUGCCCGAUCACAAGAUGGUGUCCAUUGGGAAACGUCUGAUGGAUCUGAACCGGGCGGCAGAUACCGCUUUGGCAACGUCGAAGAGACUACAACGAGAAAUAGACCUCGAAACCAAGUACUGGUCUGAGGUGCUGGGCGUGGGCGAAGGCGGCUGGCAGACAUUCCGAUUGCCCCACGAACCACAGACUCUAGGGGUCAAGUUCGGCUUCUCCAACACCGCUCCCGAAUUCAAAGCCAGCGGCAUCGCCCCGUUGAGGAGAGCCGAAGAUGGGUCCGUCAGGCUGGAGCACGGAGUCAUGGGCCGGGGUUCGAAACGGAUUCAAGUCAAGAUACUGGAGAAGGGGGUCGUUGUCGGCAAGUCGUCGCUGCCACCGCCUCUACCUCCUGACGCUCCGCUCCAGGAUCGUGUCAAGGAAUCGCGGGAUACCGUGUUUGCCCAGGAGCUGUGGUACGAGGUAAAUCGUGAAGCUCGCAGCGGCCUAGAUGACAUUGUCCGCAUCGGAAAGUCGACGGCUACAUACGACCUGGAUCCCGCAACGAGCAUCUCCCUCCAGCUCGUAACACUCGGCGAGGAAGACGCGACGGCGGAACAGCAAACCGGACCACAGGACGCCUGGGCGGAUGCCGUGUCUGUCAUUCUAGGCCUCCUGCUGACCAACGCACACCGAGUCAACGAGCUCAAGAGAUCCGAGCCCACCUUCAAGAAAGGGCCCACCCCUCCCUACUUCAUCCUCCGGCCCCUGAUCGCCUACCAUCGGUACAGCCAGUCUGUCCAGAAGUGCGCAGAAUUCCUCACGGCGCUCAUCUCUGUUCUCCGGUCCGCUGGCGUCGCUUCAUCCGUAGCUAUGAGAGAGCCACCCCUCGCCCUCUCUCCGGGAAACAGCCGAACGGUCACGCCAGCCUCCACAUCACUCGCCACUCUUCUCCUCAAGCCACCAGCCGUCCACUUCGACCUGACCAUCACCCCGACAUCCCGCCUCCGCAUCCUCCUCAAACCGGCCCUCCUCUCCGGCGCAUCCUAUGCCGUCUCUAUGCUCCCGCCCCUCCAGCAGCCAAGCCAGCCCCCGCACUCUACCGCCGUCAACCCGCUCCCGGCCUUCUGCCCCGCCGCAUCCGAAGACUACCUCUACUUGCCCCAGCUGGUCACCUACCUCUGCGAGGCCGUCCCCUGCGCCCUCGCGGCGGCCUACUUUGAACGGGCGGUGACGCUACCCGGGCGGCAGCGGGCGGCGGCUGCCGCUCAAGCUACGCAGGACGAUUCCGCCGCGGACCAGGAAGGAGGGCAGCAGCAAGGACCUAGGGAGGGGGAGGCGCUGUGGGGGAUGGACGUCCUGGGCAAGGGCAUCGUCGACCUGGAUACGGGCGGGGAGUACGGAGUGCACUUUGACAUUGUACGCGAGGAACAUGACGGCGACCACAAGGCUGCGGGGGCGGGGAGAUUGGAACUGAGAGUGAAGGCGGAUUAUCUGGAACCAACGGCCGGGGAGGGCGAGAUGGUCGGGGGAGUGGGAGGAGGAGGAGGAGGAGGAGGAGCGAAGAAGGUACAUAGGGAGUGGAGGUGGCCUGGGGCCGGAGAGAGCGUAGGGGUCGUUGUGAAGCAGGUGCUCAGUAACGGCCCUGUUGAGUAGACCGGGGCUCGGGCCGAGGAGUGUUUAGAAGAGGCAACCGCGUAGCCCAGCAGGUUCAUCCAGCAAUUUGCCCAAAGGGCGUUAUCCUGACCAAGCGGGGAGUCUUUGGGCGCUUCGAUUUGAACCAACUUGGGCAAAGUCUAACGGCGACCGUCAUAAAUUCCGAGGAAGGUAACGUUGGUAAGGUUGGAUAUCUAGAGGUGUCCGACUAGAUAGGAGUUGACCCUGGAGGGAAGUGAGACCUACAGUAUCUCAACUGGAAGUGGGAUAUCAGGCCGUCCCACCACAGACAUAACGGGGCUUCUACAGGGAGCACCGCCAUAAGAACUAGGUCCGACCAUAGUUGCCUAAUGAACGUUCAACGAG